GGCACACAGGGCGGGCUGGGGCCGGGCGGCGUCAGCUUCGCUCUGGCUGCGCUGCGCCGCUGGCUCUGCGGCUCGCUGGGCGCGGGAAGGUGCGGGAGGCGGUGUUGCCGGCCCGCGCAGCCGGUUUAGGGUGCUGGAGGCGGACGGGGGAGGAGCGCGGCAGACUGGCGGGGCGGGGUCGGGCCGCAGGCUGAGGCUAGGCGGGUGGCCGGGCCAUGCAGGGCACAGAGCCGGCAAAGCGCUGCUCUGAGACCCGUUUCUGAGCGCCCAGGGGCGGCUCAUGUCCCCGGCGCUUCGCACUCCGCUGCCGCAGCCGGGCCGCAUCUGGACGGGGCGCCGUGCGGCGGGACAGACGUCGGGCCAUAAUGCUGCUUGGGGCAUCUCUGGUUGGGGUGCUGCUGUUCUCCAAGCUGGUGCUGAAGCUGCCCUGGACACAAGUGGGGUUCUCUCUACUGCUCCUCUACCUGGGGUCUGGCGGCUGGCGCUUUGUUCGAAUCUUCAUCAAGACGGUCAGGCGUGAUGUUUUUGGUGGCAUGGUGCUCCUGAAGGUGAAGGCAAAGGUACGACGGUACCUGCGAGAAAAGCGGACAGUGCCCAUCUUGUUUGCCUCUACGGUACAGCGCCAUCCUGACAAGACAGCCCUAAUCUUUGAGGGUACAGACACACAUUGGACCUUCCGCCAGCUGGAUGACUACUCCAGUAGUGUGGCCAACUUUCUGCAGUCCCGGGGCCUGGCCUCGGGUGAAGUGGUGGCCCUCUUCAUGGAGAACCGCAAUGAGUUUGUGGGCCUUUGGCUGGGUAUGGCCAAACUGGGCGUGGAGGCAGCACUCAUCAACACUAACCUCCGGCGGGAUGCCCUGCGCCACUGUCUGACCACCUCCCAGGCCCGGGCCCUCAUCUUUGGCAGUGAGAUGGUGGCAGCUGUCUCCGAGAUCCAAGCUAGCCUGGACCCCUCACUCAGUCUUUUCUGUUCUGGGCACUGGGAGCCCAGCACAGUGCCUGCCAGCACAGAGCACAUGGACCCCUUGCUGGAAGAGGCCCCCAAGCACCUACCCAAUCUCCCUGACAAAGGCUUCACAGAUAAGCUCUUCUACAUCUACACAUCAGGUACCACAGGGCUUCCCAAAGCUGCCAUCGUGGUACAUAGCAGGUACUACCGCAUGGCUGCCCUCGUGUACUACGGAUUUCGCAUGCGACCUGACGACAUUGUCUAUGACUGCCUCCCCCUCUAUCACUCUGCAGGAAACAUUGUGGGGAUUGGACAGUGCCUGAUCCAUGGCAUGACAGUGGUGAUCCGGAAGAAGUUCUCAGCCUCCCGCUUCUGGGAUGACUGUGUCAAGUACAACUGCACAAUUGUACAGUACAUUGGAGAGCUGUGCCGCUACCUCCUGAACCAGCCAUCCCGGGAGGUGGAAAGUCAGCACCAGGUGCGCAUGGCAUUGGGCAAUGGUCUCCGGCACUCCAUCUGGACCGACUUCUCCAGCCGCUUCCACAUCCCACAGGUGGCCGAGUUCUAUGGGGCCACCGAGUGCAACUGUAGUCUGGGCAAUUUUGACAGCCAGGUGGGAGCCUGUGGCUUCAACAGCCGCAUCCUGUCCUUUGUAUACCCCAUCCGGCUGGUACGUGUCAACGAAGACACCAUGGAGCUGAUCCGGGGGCCUGAUGGGGUCUGCAUUCCUUGCCAACCAGGGGAGCCGGGGCAGCUAGUGGGCCGCAUCAUCCAGCAGGACCCCUUGAGGCGCUUUGACGGUUACCUCAACCAGGGUGCCAACAAUAAGAAGAUCGCCAAAGAUGUCUUCAAGAAGGGAGACCAGGCCUACCUCACUGGCGACGUGCUGGUGAUGGAUGAGCUGGGCUACCUGUACUUCCGAGAUCGCACUGGGGACACCUUCCGCUGGAAGGGUGAGAAUGUCUCCACCACCGAAGUUGAGGGCAUACUGAGCCGCCUGCUGGACAUGGCUGAUGUGGCCGUGUACGGUGUUGAAGUGCCAGGGACCGAGGGCCGGGCUGGAAUGGCCGCUGUGGCCACGCCCACUGGCAGCUGUGACCUGGAGCAAUUCGCUCAGCUCCUAGAGAAGGAGUUGCCCCUCUACGCCCGCCCCAUCUUCCUGCGUUUCCUGCCUGAGCUGCACAAAACAGGAACCUUCAAACUACAAAAGACUGAGCUGCGGAAGGAGGGCUUCAACCCAGCAUUUGUAAAAGAUCAGCUAUUCUACCUGGACGCCCGCAAGGGCCGCUACGUCCCACUGGAUCAUAAGACCUACACCCGCAUCCAGGCAGGCGAGGAGAAGCUGUGAUUUGCCCUGUUUCCCUCUGAGGGCCAGAAGAGUCUGGAUCUAGAGACCCAGCUCCCACCCCAGAGGGGUCUGGGCGACGCCAGACCAAAGCAAGCAGGGCUGGCACCUCCACCUUAAGGCGCCAGCCCCCUCCCCCUGAAACUGCCAAGUGACUCACUGCCGCCUCUCCCCUCUCCCAGAGGCUUUCUGUGAAAGCCUUAUGUCCAGGUUACGACUUCGAGGGCAGGGAGGCCUCUGCACCCCAGGCUGAGACUGACUAGGCCCUUCAGGAUAAAUGUCUUGAGUCAGGGCAGGGGGGAGGGGUGGGGGGCUGAAAAUCACCAAGCUCUCCUCAGAGAGCAGGAAGCUUAUCUCUGGGACCAGGAUGGAAGCUCCCAGACUCAGGAAGCCAGCAGAGGGGGCAGAGGCACUGAGGCCUGUUGAUCAGGUGGCCAAAGAGGAUCCUGACCUCACAGUUGUUCUAUUGUCACUCAGUCCUGCCCACACCUCUAGGACGGUGGAAGGAGCCCAACCCUGCCAUAGACAGCACCUCCUCCCUACAUCCUGUCCCCUCUUCUCCCUGGUGACUGCUUGGCUAUCCCUAAGGCAAGGCUUUUCUGUCUUUGUGGAUCUGUCCACGUUGCCCUCUCCUUGUCAGUUUUGGCCUAGCUAUGGGAGAAGGAGGGGUAGGGGGGCACUCAGGAGCCAAUAAACUCUGCCUUGACUCCCAA